AUGAAAAACAAGAGGAAAAUCAAGUUGGUCGAACGAGUGGAUUUGCAGAGGAAUAUCAAGUUGGUCGAACGACUGAGUAACUUGCCAGAGCCGAUUCUACUACACAUCCUCUCUUUGUUGCCCGACGGAAAACAAGUUGUGCGAAUGAGUGUAUUAUCUAAGCGCUGGAGGUUUCUUUGGAUGUCCGUUCCCGUAUCACUCCAUUUCGACUUCAGUACCAGUCACAUCAAUCAUACCCCUCUUCAUUACUUAGCACUCCAACUUCAUUAUUGGAGCUCUUGUGAGAAAAUACGCCAAUUCAGUGUGUCCAGCUUUACCUGCCAGGAGCGUUAUGCUAAACAUGUUGAUUUAUGGCUACAUUUUGCUACUACUAAAGUUGAAGAAUUUACACUUGCACCUGCCGAUAUAGAUGACCAGAUUCUAUAUGACUUUCCUCAGUUUGCUUUUAAGAGUGCGUCGUUCAGGAAAUUGGUUUUAAACAACCUCAAACUGAACCCUUCUGGUAGUGUUAAUUGGACUAGUCUUACGUCUCUUUCAAUUGCAAACAUGGAAUUGACAAAUGGUGUCAUGGAAAAGCUAUUAUCUGGUUGCCCUAACUUGGAAUGCUUGAAACUAGAAGAGGUUUGGGGCAUACAGCGUCUAGAAAUCAACUCUCUGAAGCUGAGAAAAUUGACCAUACAAGAAUACGAGUAUAAGGACUUUUGGUUCGAAAUCUUAGCCCCCUAUGUCGAAAAUUUGCAAGUUAAUUGUUUUUGCGGUGAGAUACGCAUGCAACGGAGAAAUGUGCAUUCACUUGUCACUGCAGUCCUUGAUAUAAGUUUACAUUCUGGGGAUGAGUGCAGCUAUAUGAAGGAACUUCUUCACAGUGUUGCCCAUGUCGAGAACCUUGAAUUGAGUCCCUCAUGCAUCCAGGUUUAUUAA